GCCGAAGGCAAAAGUUAAUCAACUACCGUCACCUCCACAAGCAAACCUCGAACUCGCCAUGUUCAAAAAGUUUCAGCCAUCGACGGACAUCGCAGGUCAAACGCCUCUUAAAUCAUCUGUACAACGCUCCAUCCGCGCAGGAGUUCUCGCUCAAUGGAAAAUCGAACCUGAAACCCUAGAGCAGAUUUGGCCCAAGAAGGAGCCUCUUGUUCAUGUGAAAUGUAGAGAGCAUGUCUCGAUAUACACUGUCCACAACGAACCACUGUUCUUCCAGCACUUUGAUGGUCCAUUGUAUCCAACACUGCGAUUAUACCACAAGUAUCCCUAUAUGUUACCGAAAGUGGGGAUUGACCGUGGUGCAAUCCGAUUCCUGCUUGGUGGUGCACACAUGAUGUGCCCUGGACUUACCUCUGCUGGAGGUUAUCUCCCACCCCCCAAUGCUGCGUUGCCCGCUGGAGCGCUUGUCGGAAUAUACGCAGAAGGGAAAGAACAUGCCGUCGGUGUCGGGAUUACGAAACUCGGGACUGAAGAGAUGCGAAAGGUGAAUAAGGAUAUCGGAGUGGAAGUGGCCUCUUACCUAGGAGAUGACCUUUGGGCGCUGCAAACCUUGUAGGAAUAAAAUGUCUUAGCAUAGAAUGUACAACAGUCUGGUCAUGGGACCUACCAACAAUUUAUAUCUGAGGGGCGUUCUUGUGCGACGCCCCUGCUUCGCCUUGCCUCGCGACAGGGAGCUAGAAGAGCACAGGAGCCCUU